CCAAUCCCCUCAAAACUCUAAAACAAAGAAAAGCAUACACAUAUACAUAAUUACAGAGAUGGCAACGUUGCAAGCUCACAAUCUUCUCUUAUCAUCAUCAUCAUCAUCAUCAUCAGUGAUUGCAUCAAAGAAGCAUGGUUUGAGGUUCAAAGCUGGCAUCUCUAAGCCACUUAAUAUCAAGAACAAAGCUCUUCCUUCACUUUCAAAGGUUGGAAUAAGAGAAACUAUGUCAAGUUCAAUCUCAAACAACAUCUCUAUCAUCAACAAACUGGAAACCACCCCUGCUAUCACAAUUGAUGAUAAAGAAGUAGAUAUGCUAGUAGUAUCUAAGCUCUAUGCCAUCGCUGAGGUGGUUGCAGACCGAGCGGAGAUGCAUGAGAUCAUCGGAGAACAAAGGAAUAACUGGAACACACUCUUGCUUAACUCCAUCAACUCCAUCAACCUCAUUGCUUCAAUCAUGGCUGGUCUUUCUACCAUCUCCAUGGGUGAUCAAUCACAGCAUUUUCUGGCAUUCAAGCUUUCUUCUGCUCUCUUAUUCACAGCAGCAACAGGCAUGAUGCUUAUUGUCAACAAGAUCCAACCAUCACAGCUUGCUGAAGAGCAAAGGAAUGCAACCAGACUGUUCAAACAGCUAGAGAGAUCAAUCCAUACAUCUCUUGAUCAACUCCAGAGCUCUACUUUUACUCCUACUGAAAUGGAUGUGGAGGAAGCCAUGGAGAAGGUGCUGGCUCUUGACAAGGCUUAUCCUCUUCCUUUGCUCCCCGGGAUGCUCGAGAAGUUCCCGAAGAACAUCGAGCCUACCGUAUGGUGGCCCAAGCUCCAAACGAGGAGGAGAUCAUCAUCAUCAGCACAAGAUGGAAAGAUGAGAGGGCUGCUCAAAGUUCUGAAAGAGAAGGAUGAGGAACAGUAUGUUUGGCAUGGCAACCUGUUUGUGAAGAUCAACAAGUGUUUGGCCAUCUCAGGGCCUUUGUUGGCAGGAAUAGGUGCAGUAGGUGCUGGUUUGAUUGGGACUCCUGCACUUGGGCAAUGGCCUGUGUUGUUUGGAGUAAUGGGUGGUGUUCUAGCAACCAUGAUCAACACUUUGGAGCAUGGUUUUCAGAUUGGCAUGUUGAUUGAGAUGUUUAGGAACUGUGCUGGAUUUUAUAGGAAGUUGGAAGAGGAGAUCACUGAGUUCAACUCAGAGGAGAGCUGUCAAGAGGACAUAGAGAUGUUUGAGAUGAACAUGGCUUUGCAACUUGGAAGAAGAGUUUCAGAGCUUGAGGACUUUGCUUCUUGUGCUUCUCCUUCAGUUAAAGGUGCUGAGUUUGAAGGAUUUGCUGGGAAGCUCUUCUAAUUUAUACUGAUUAAGUUAAUGUACUAAUUAGUGAUGAUUAGUUG